CACCUUGUCGCUGCUCGCUGAAUGUGAGGAAGUCGCGUGGCGACUCGACCGGCAACCACAACCAUAGCACUAGAGUCGUUUAUUCGCCGUCUCAGGGCGUUGAAAAGACUGGCAAUCCAGAGAAAGUACCUCAUAAUGUUGGUGACUACGAUUAUAUUAGUCGUGGCUUUGCCAUUUUAUGUAUUUGCAGACGAUACGCCGAAAGGACCGAAAGUGACUGAUAAGGUCUUCUUUGACAUCACCAUUGGUGGUGAGAAAGCAGGACGAAUUGUUAUUGGUCUUUUUGGAAAAACGGUUCCAAAAACAGUGAAGAAUUUUAAAUCCCUGGCAGAAGGGUUUGAGGAUGGAGGAACGACUCUGACCUACAAAGGCAGCAAGUUCCACCGAGUUAUCAAGGACUUCAUGAUCCAAGGAGGGGACUUCACUCGUGGUGAUGGAACAGGAGGCAAGAGCAUCUAUGGGGAUCGCUUCCCUGAUGAGAACUUCAAGCUGAAGCACUAUGGAGCCGGAUGGCUGUCCAUGGCUAAUGCUGGCAAGGACACCAAUGGUUCCCAGUUUUUCAUCACUGUGAAAAAGACAGAUUGGCUUGAUGGAAGACAUGUUGUUUUUGGGAAAGUUGAGGAAGGAAUGGAUGUCGUACGUACAAUUGAAAGAACUAACACCAAUCCCGGAGAUAAGCCAGCCAAGGAAAUUAAAAUUGCCGACAGUGGCAGUAUUCCAGUUGAAAAACCAUACGCUGUGGAUAAAAAACCUUCAGAUGAGUAAAGGGCUGUUUAUGUAUUAAUCUGGUUAGAGCUCUAACAUGUCUAAGGUGUGAGGCAGUACUACUAUUUGGGUUAACCCAUUGUGGUGUUUGUAACAGCCUCAUCUGUGAAGAUGAGAUAUUCUAGGGAUGUUUCGGUAUAGAUCCUUAUACCAUUGUCAAGCAAGAUGGACCUUGCUUGAGAAGGGUAUAAGUAUCUAUACCGAAAUGUUGCAUCAUUAUCAAAUAAAGUUGUCAUCCAUAAAAUAACUGCCAUUACUGUUACUUACCAACUUCUAAUAAUGCCAAUCAAACCAUCAGUGGUUUUGAAUUCAUACUUGGUCAGCUAUAUACACUUAUGUGCCUAAUGAAGUGAUUGUUUUAAAGCCUCAUACCUUGGAUCCUUGUGAGAAAGGUGUGCGUAUAUUUGUGAACCUGAGAGAACUUCAGUUGUCCUUAUUUUCAAUAAUAUUCCUUGUUACAGGUCCUGUACUUGAAACAUACUUUCAGCUAACUAUAAAUUGUUAAGUACAGGUGUACAGCCAUGGUUACGAAUGAAUUUACUGCCAGCUUACUAAGGUGUGAUGUCAUUGUUGAGGUAUACAAUGGUAUAUGCAAUCUAUUCUAUCACUACAUUACUGCAUUUAUGGUAACAUCAGUUUUGAAAGUAUUCAGUUCUAAAACCGUUAAGUGUAUUAAAAUUUGAAAACUAGUUGAGCAUGUUGAGUAUCUGUGUUAUGUUAGAAUUUGUUAUUCAUUUUUAUGUGUUCAGUGUUUGGAUUUGUCUCAGGCAUGCUGUACAAGGGGAAUUUUAUUUAUUUAUUUAAGUGUCAACCAAUUUUACUUUGGACCAAUGUAAACUGUAUCUGGAUAUAUCAUGCGCUCAACUGGGAGAUAAUUUCUAAUCUAUGGAAUAAAAGUUUUGUAAAGAU